GCAGCCCGGCCCGGCCCGGCCCGUUCCGCUCCCUCCGCCCGGCCCCGCUUCCCUCAGCCCUUUCCGCUCCCUCAAACCGGCCCCGCCUCCCUCCGCUCGCUCCCUCCGCCCUUCCCUCUCCCGCAUCCCGGCCUCUCUUCCUUCCGCCCGAUCCCUCAGCCCUUCCUGCUCCCGGAUCGCGGCCCCGCUCCCUCAGCCCAUUUCCGCUCCCCUCAGCUCUUCUCGCUCCCUCAGACCCUUCCCGUCUCCCUCAUCCCGUUCCCGCUGCCCUCAGCCCGGCCCGGCCCGUCUCGCCAUGAGCUUCCUCUUUGGGAGCCGGUCUUCAAAAACAUUCAAGCCAAAGAAGAACAUUCCCGAGGGAUCCCACCAGUAUGAGCUCCUCAAACACGCCGAGGCCACGCUGGGCAGCGGCAACCUCCGGCAGGCCGUGAUGCUGCCCGAGGGCGAGGACCUCAACGAGUGGAUUGCGGUGAACACUGUGGACUUCUUCAACCAGAUCAACAUGUUGUACGGAACCAUCACCGAGUUCUGCACCGAGAGCAGCUGCCCUGUCAUGUCUGCAGGGCCCAGGUACGAGUACCACUGGGCGGACGGCACCAACAUUAAGAAGCCGAUCAAGUGCUCGGCGCCCAAGUACAUCGAUUACCUGAUGACGUGGGUGCAGGACCAGCUGGAUGACGAGACUCUCUUCCCCUCCAAGAUCGGCGUCCCCUUCCCCAAGAACUUCAUGUCGGUGGCCAAGACCAUCCUGAAGCGGCUGUUCCGGGUCUACGCCCACAUCUACCACCAGCACUUCGACUCGGUGAUGCGGCUGCAGGAGGAGGCUCAUCUCAACACCUCCUUCAAGCACUUUAUCUUCUUCGUGCAGGAAUUCAACCUGAUCGACCGGCGGGAGCUGGCGCCGCUGCACGAGCUGAUCGAGAAGCUGGGCUCCAAGGACAGAUAAAAACAUCCCCGGGAGGACCCUUCUGGCCGCUCCUUUUCCGCUUCUUCUUCAGCCACCUCCGCGCUUGGCUCCAGCGGCGCCGGACGGCACCGAGCGGCCUCGCUGCUGCUCUGCAGCCCCCACUGGGCUUUCCUUGCUCGAGUCCGGCCUGGGCGGAGGUGGAGCUGGUUCUGUUUCACACAGGGUGACCUUCCAGGUGCUGCCCAGCCACUUUCUGCUCCCAGAGCUCCCCUCUGGACUCCACAGCCCCACCAGGGCACGCCCAGAGUGGCUCAGCUUAAUUUUGGAAGUGCUUUUUUUUUUUUUUCUUUUUUUUUUGGAUAAAAGAGGUGCACUUUGGCCCAGAGCCUUAAGCUCCCCGUGGCAGCAGCAGUGGGGGGUGAGGAGGAGAAGUGCCUGGCCCCAGGGGGGGCUGUCCCUGUCCCUGGGUGGGAGGAGCAGCUCUGGGAUGUCCCACGGGAGGGGGAGGUGAGGGAGGGACCCUCCUGUGUGGCAAAGGCAAUAACAAUAAUAAUAAUAAUAAAGUUUCUUCCUGCUCUUCUUUCAGAGGAA